AGUACCCUUGUCUUUUCCUUCAUGUUUCUCGUUCGGCGGCACAAUGCGAGAAAGAUGCGGCCGUUCCUACGCGCCAGGGCAAACGCCCGCAAGCAGAGCACCCGUGUGACAGAAGAGAUGCUCGUCGCGGGGACUCCCGUCGCAGAGAGGCUUAAGGAAACCGGGCUUUGGAAGUGGCAGAGGGGGAGGAGGGUUACGAAGGGUGUGCCUGUUGGUGAUAAGCAUCGUGUAAACAUUGUCAGCGAGAAGCUAUGCGAUGACAUUGCUAAUUACAUUGGCCCCUCCCUCGACCGUCACCGCGGCUGCGAUCUCAUCGACAUAAAUCCCGGCGCUGGCCUCUGGAGCCGCACCCUCCACGACCUCGUCCAGCCCCGCAAGCACAUCCUCAUGGAGCCCGAUGUCGAGGUCUACGGGUCCAUGCUCUCCGACCUCAUCGAGAGGCCAGGCGUGCAGCUCCUCCCAAAGGCCGGCAUCCUCUGGCGAGAGGUCAACGACAUGCUCGCGACAUGCAUAUCACCCGAGAAAAAGGCAGACCCCAACGCCGUGCCGGAGCGCAACGAUACCUUGCUCGUCAACAUCAACAUGUCAUUCGCCCCCCCGAAAAAGUUUCAGAUGUUUGAGUGCGUCAGCACAAUGGUUCUAUACCAGCUCAUGUCAUCCAUAAAGACAGCCUCGCUGUUCCAGCAGUACGGCCUAGUUCGGAUGCUAAUCUGGGUCAACGACGACUCGAAGCGCAGACUCGUCCCGCACUCUGCUACGCGUCGCAAGAGGAGCACCUUUGAGGCUGAGCUCUCGUGCGAGUGGAUCCGAGAGAUCGCCGGCAAGGACGUCGAGUUCGAGGCCCAGGAGCUCCGGGACGAGUGGAUCAACCUCGAGUCCGGGUAUAAUACUCUUGCCAGGAUGAAAAAGGCCGGCCUGACCAUGCCCUCGGACAGGGAGACGUUCCUCUACAAGACGAUGAUGGCUGAUGAGAGCCUCAUGGGCCAGAAGCUCGCCGGAGUCCGGAGACCCAUCCUCAGCAGACCUUUCCGCACGGAGCUUGAAGGUCUAGAAUCCGAAUUCGCCUCGUCCAAGGAAGAAGAGCCUUCCAAACGCCUGAAAGCCCUCCGAUACCGAGGAAGAUACGACAUUGAAGACUCAACCACGUAUCAUGAGCUCAUCCAGCAAGGCGAGGCAGCAUCCCAAAUCUGGAAGACGGACCCCGCCGCCUUCGCCGCCGCCGACGCAGCAUGGAACGCCAAGAUCCAGCUCCUAAAGAAGAACAACCGCAAGGAGUACGUCAUCUUCCGAGACAACUAUCACAUCUUCCGGCAAGACCCCCCACUGUUGCACUGGGACCGUCGUCCCUUUGAGCCCCUCGACGUUCGAGCAGACGAGUUCUACCCUCAGGUCCCCUGUGCGCUGCUCGACCUUCAACCAAAGACGAUGCACAAGUACCUCCGACAGCACGGCCCGACGGCCCGCGAAGGAAGUCUAGCAGACGCGAUACUGCGUUUCUGGUACAGCUACUCCCUGUACCCGGUAUCCAAGGCCAUGGACAGCCUGUGGCCGGGCUUCGGCAAGAUGUUCCCCGAGAUAACAUGUCUGCGGGACCCUGCCAAGGGUGGUUCACCGCUAUCGGGCGACGGAGAGAUGCCCGCUCGGUGCGUCAACGAGAAGCAGUGGACUGAGAUUGUCGAGACCUUUUUGAACUGGCCGUUUGUGCCCGAAUACCAGGAGUUGGUGGGACGCAUGAUGGACGAGAGUGAAGGUGAGGAUGAGGAUGAUGCCAAGAGUGGAGCUACAGGAGCUGGAGGAGUUGGAGGGUCGAUGAACCUGUAG